AGGCCACCCUGUUCACACUGUGCACAUUCAAAUGGAGAAACCCCUCCAUCCAAUCACUGCGUCCUCCCACAGAUUAACAGUUAACUUGACAGUCCUCAUGUGAGCCUGGACAAAGUGCAAAAUACUGUCACCAGGACACAGCGGCUCUUCUGCGGAGGUGUCGAGGAUACAGGCUGUUCCUUCAGAGGGACGUGUUGAUGUGAACCCACUGUUGAUUUUUUAAUCAUGUUGAUCUGCAUGCUUUAAGGUAGUUAAGAUGACGUCACUGGAGCUGUACAGUAAGGGAGCAAGUGUGUGGAUUCCUGACCCCGAUGCAGUUUGGGUGUCAGGCCUGCUCCUUCGGGACUACAGUCCUGGAGAGAAACAUCUACUGCUACAGCUCUCUGAUGGAACGGAGGCCCAAUACCCAGUGGUGUCCCCCUCUGAUCUCCCACCGCUGGGGAACCCCGCCAUCCUGGAGGGGGAAAAUGAUCUGACAGCUCUGAGCUUCCUCCAUGAACCUGCAGUCUUGCACAACCUGCGGGUUCGAUUCCUGGACUACAACAGCAUCUACACGUACUGUGGUAUUGUGUUAGUCGCCUUCAAUCCCUAUGACCAGCUCCCCAUAUACGGAGAGGAGGUGAUCGAUGCUUAUAGCGGUCAGGACAUGGCCGACAUGGAACCCCACAUCUUCUCUGUGGCAGAGGAAGCCUACCGCACUAUGACCAGGGAGGAGAAAAACCAGUCUAUCAUCAUCAGUGGAGAGUCUGGCUCGGGGAAAACGGUCUCAGCCAAAUUCACCAUGCGAUACUUUGCUGUGGUUGGAGGAGCAUCACAGCAGACCAGCGUGGAGGAGAGGGUUCUGGCUUCCAACCCAAUUAUGGAGUCUAUUGGGAAUGCUAAAACCACUCGAAAUGACAACAGUAGUCGUUUUGGGAAGUACAUCGAGAUCGGCUUUGGCAGAAAAGGGGACAUCAUUGGGGCAAACAUGAGGACGUAUCUACUGGAGAAGUCUAGGGUUGUCUUCCAAGCGUCAGCAGAGAGGAACUACCACAUCUUCUACCAGCUGUGUGCUUCCAGAGAGUUGCCUGAAAUGAGAACCCUAAAACUGGAUGCACCUGAGCAUUUCCGCUACACCAGCCAGGGAGAGAUGCAGAUUCCUGGUACUGAUGACUUGUCGGACCUGGAGCGCACGCGCAAUGCUUUCACCAUCCUGGGUGUGCAGCCUGACCAGCAGAUGGAGCUCUUCAGGAUCCUGUCAGCUGUUCUACACCUGGGAAAUGUCAACAUCCAAGCCAGUGGGAGAAGUUCUGACCGGAGUUAUAUUGAUGCAGACGACCGACCUCUGGCUGUCUUCUCCAAGCUGUUAGGAGUAGAAGGACCUCAGAUGGCCCACUGGUUGUGUCAUCGUAGACUGGCUGUCGGGGGAGAGCUGCUGGUCAAACCCGUGUCUGGCCAACAGGCCGUAGAAGCCAGAGAUGCACUGGCCAAACAUAUCUAUGGCCAGCUGUUUACCUGGACUGUCCAGAGGCUCAACUCUGCUCUGCGUUCACAGAGGGGACAGGCCAAAUCCUUCAUAGGGGUACUAGACAUCUACGGGUUUGAGACCUUUGACCGGAACAGUUUUGAGCAGUUCUGCAUUAAUUAUGCAAAUGAAAAACUGCAACAGCAAUUCAACAGGCACGUGUUCCACCUGGAGCAGGAGGAGUACGUCCGGGAAGAACUGGCCUGGAGCAGGAUUGAGUUCAGUGACAAUCAGCAGUGCAUCAAUCUCUUAGAGGGACAACUGGGCCUGUUUGAUCUUUUAGAUGAGGAGUGUCGGAUGCCCAAAGGUUCAGAUGAGAGCUGGGUGCAGAAGCUGUAUGAUCAACACCUGACGAGCAAGAAACACCCUCACUUCCAGAAACCUCGCAUGUCCAACAGCGCCUUCGUCGUUCUGCACUUCGCUGACACGGUGCAAUAUGAAUGCGAUGGCUUUUUAGGCAAGAAUCGAGAUACAGUCUUUGAGGAGCUCAUUAACAUCCUCAAAGCAAGUCAGUCUGAGCUGGUGGCUGAAUUGUUCCAGCAGCAGGGAAAUGUUUCCUCUGUGGCUAAUGGAAGUGUUCGUUCAGGGAAAAGAGCCGCCAGAGAGCAUAAACUGACAGUGGGCUUCCAGUUCCGUCAGUCCUUACAGAUGCUAAUGGACACUCUGAACAACACCACUCCUCACUAUGUCCGCUGUAUUAAACCAAACGACCUCAAAGAAGCUUUCAUGUUUGACCCCAGGAGGACAGUCCAGCAGUUGAGAGCCUGUGGGGUGCUGGAGACGAUUCGCAUCAGUGCUGCAGGUUUUCCAUCCAGAUGGACGUACGAGGAGUUCUUCUGCAGGUACCGUCUUCUGCUUCGAGGUCCCCAGGGUCAGGAGCAGGCCCAGGCCUCGUGCAGACAAGCCCUGCCUCAGCUCAUCCCAGACCCAGACCAGUACUGCUUUGGAAAGACCAAAGUAUUUUUCCGGGCCGGUCAGGUGGCUCUCCUGGAGAGGCUGAGAGCUGAGAGGCUGCGUGUGGCUGCAGUGAUCAUCCAGAGCCGGGUCAGAGGGUGGCUGGCACGGAUGAGAUACACCAGGACCUGCUGGGCAACGGUCACCAUACAGAGAUACUGCAGAGGAGCUCUGGCCAGACGACUGGCCCUGACGCUGCGCUACACCAAGGCUGCCUUAGUAAUCCAGAAGUCUUACCGCAUGAUGGUGGUCAGACAGCUGUUCCUCAUGAUCCGACAGGCCACCGUCACCAUCCAGGCCUUCACCAGGGGAACACUGGCCCGCAGCAGAUACAGACUGUUGGUGGCAGAGCGGGCUGCUGUGUUGCUUCAGGCGAGAGUGCGUGGGUGGCUGGCGAGGCAGACGUACAGGCGAAUACGUGCGGCGGUGGUGUUCAUGCAGUGCUGCGCACGCCGCAGGGCUGCCAGGAGAGAGCUGAUGAAACUAAAGACCGAGGCCCGCUCAGUGGAGAAGUACAGAGAGCUCAACAAGGGCAUGGAAGUCAAACUGAUGCAGCUGCAGUUGAGGGCAGACCAGGAGGCCAGGGGGGGUGCAGCUUUGAAAGAGACCCUGCAUGCAGAGCGAGAGGCCACUAACACUGAGCUGGAGGCUUUGAGGGCGACGGUACAGAAAUUAGAGAGCCAGAAACAGGAGAAGCCUCAGCCCUGCCCCGUCAUCAGCGACAAGGAGGUGGAGGAAAGAAGGAGAGCUGAGGAGAAGGCUGCCCAGGAGAUCCUUCAACUCACACAAGAGUUGCAAGCCCUGCAGAGAGAAAAGGACAGUUUGUGCAAAGACACAGAGGAUCUCUCCGCUCGCUUGUUUGAACAAGAAAAAGCACAAGAAGAGUGUGUGCACCAGGCUGUGUCUCAGGCGAGUGCAGCUCUGAGGGCGGAGCUGGAUGAGGAGAGGAGAAAGUAUCAGGGUCUCCUGAGAGAGUUCACCAGACUGGAGCAAAGAUACGACAACCUCAGGGAGAUGAGUCUGCUCACUGAGCGCACCAAGGGCCACAGAAGGACGGACUCUACCCAGAGCUUGGAGCCUUCCUCCCCCACUCCGCUGUCACCCCAGUCUCUCACCCCACUCUCACUGUCACCCUUCUCAUCUGCCUUCUCUUCCCCGGAGGAGGUCCGCAGGGUCAGCGUGACGUCUCCCUCCAUUGAGAGGAGAGUCUCAGUGUGGGGCAUCGAAACGCCAAUGGACCAGUUGAUGGAGAAGAUGGACGUAGCCAAAGACCCGGCAGUGAAGAUGAAAGGAGAGGACCUGGCACACGCUUACGACGCUGUACGAGUGGCCAACAAGUUUCUGGAGAGCCAGCUGCGUAGCCAGCACAGUCACAGGGAGGAGGAGCUGGAGGCUCUGAGGUGCCAGCUUAGUCACGCUAUCUCUGGUUCUUCCCCUGCUGCACAGCAACAGGAACUGCAGGCACUGCUAGAGGCCAGAGAACACGAGUGUGUCCGACUGAGGAGAGAGCUGAAGGAGCUUAAAAACACAGUCUCACUCAGACGGCUCCUGACACAAGUUUUCAACCCGGAGACGUCCUCCAGUCCAUCCCGCACGAAGCCAGCAGCAGUCACUGGUUUGCUGGAAUGUAGGAAGAGAGACGAAGCCAAGCUCAUCAAGAACCUCAUCACAGACAUCCGUGUUGACAGCGCCCUGUCUCUGCCUCCUGGCCUGCCUGCCAGCGUGCUCUUCCUGUGUGUUCGUCAGGCCGACUGCAGCGGAGACCGAGCGCACGCUCGCUCGCUCUGUAGCGCCGCUGUCACUGCUAUGAAGGCAGCUCUGAAGAAACAUAGUAACGAUGUAGAUAUGACAGCUCUGUGGCUGAGAAACGCCUGUCUGCUGCACGACCUGUUGACCCAGCACUCCCCAAAACAGACCCUUGACUCAGACGAAGUGGUUCCACUGACCGCUGAUCUGAGUGACUUGAUUCGCACCCUGAGUGACCUCUGUAUCCAGGCCUAUCAGCAGCUCCUUUUCAUCACUGAAAAACAUCUGCAAAACAUCAUAGUCCCUGCUCUGUUGGAGAGUGAGACCAUCCCAGGUCUGUCUGGCUUGGCAGGGAAGUCGGUAAUGUCCAGAAAGCGAGCGGGUUCGGACCCCAGGACUGUGGGAGGCGAUGCUCCGACUAUGGCGGCGGUGCUGAGGAAGCUGGGAGCCCUUCACACCGCUUUGUCCCAUCAGGAUCUGUCCCCAACACUGAUGGAGCAAGCCUUCAACCAGCUCAUCUACCUCAUCUCUGCCUCCGCUCUUAACAGCCUCCUGCUGAGGAAAGACAUGUGCUGCUGGAGCCGUGGCAUGCAAAUACGCUACAAUGUGAGUCUUUUGGAGGAGUGGCUGCGGAGCCGAGGUCUGCAGACAGGGGGUGCUGUGGCCACACUGGAGCACCUCAUCCAGGCCGUUCAGCUGCUGCAAGCUGGGAAAAAGACAGAGUCGGAUGCAAAGGCCCUUGUUCAGACCUGCACUGCCCUGUCCAGCCAACAGAUUGUAAAGAUUCUGACCCUCUACACUCCCGGCAGUGACCUCGAUGAAAGAGUCACACUGAAUUUCAUCCGUACUGUCCAGGGGCUUCUUAAAGGCCGUUCUGACGGUCAGCCUCCACAGCUCCUCAUGGACGUGAGGCGAGUGUUUCCAGUCACAUUUCCCUACUUGCCUCCCCCCGUCCUCCGUGCUGAGCAGUUAGUCAUCCCAGACUCCCUCAAGAUCUCCUUUGUCCGCAGAGCCUAGAACAGGAUGCAUUGUCUGUUCAGAGUGAAUAUAUUACUGUGUUGUCAGAUUUGAUUCCCAGACCUAAUGCGUUUAGUCAUUUGAAAUAACUUCCAGAAGGUGUUUAAUGAAACUAUCAACAAUCAGUGGAUUAGUCUGUGCACAGCAAAGGUCCAGCCAUAUCUCAGUACAGUUUGAUGAACAAGAAAUGAGAUGAAAGUGUUUUUCUUUUCAUAUUUUAUUGGAAGCAGAAACACAAUGAGACUGCAGUCCCAGUCACCUCAACCCCCAAUAAGAACAACCAGAAUAAAAAAAACGCAAAAAAUUAGAAACAUCUCGUGUAUAAAAAAAUCCUCAUGCGAGUACUUUGUACCACUACACAUCAUCAGUAAUACAUAUUUAUAUAUUCACAAACAUUUGAAAAAUAGAAAACAAUAAUGAAAUAUCAAAAUAAAAGGAGACAUCAAUUGGCAAUUAACAUCAAAUAAUUCUGCGUGCUGGCACAACACAUUUUUUCUUUUUGUUUUAUUGUUCCCAUCAUGCACCUUUUCUGGAAGUACAGGACCGGCGUCGCUGUGCAGCGGUCUGUCUGUCUGUCUGUCUGUGUGGCCCGGUCAGCUAGACAGAACAGAUCAUGCACGUCUGUCUGCUCUUUGUCCGCGUGCUUUUCAUUGUGCUUCUACAUUUAUCCUUGUCCUUCAUUUCCGUGUGCAUUCCCGUGCGCAUUCCCGUGCGCAUUCCAACACCCAAACACGCAAACUGAGCCUCUGGAGGAGGAGACUGAAGUAUCAUUGUCAACAGCAAUAAAUAAAGAUUUUUUUCGUGGCAUUUCCAGCUAUGUGACAGUUGAGUACCUGUAAUUAAAAGACUGUGCCGAUGUUCCCUCGAAUAGAAAAAAUGUGUACACACUAGAGAAAGACAACAUGUUUAGAUGUAGUUAACUUAGGUGGGUAGUUUUCUGUGUCUUUAUUCGGCUCUUAAACCCAUAAAAUGAUCAGAUUUCUACCAAGUCCUUGUUAUUCUUCUCCAGUGUGUACAAGGCCGUCCUAUAUCGUUCAAUAAUAGCUACAUAUCCAGAUUGGGCACCAAUACACAUAAUCCCCAACUCAGUCACUCAGAGCAAAUAUUCAAGUCUACAAAAGAGCAGCAAACUUCAACUCACAUAGGCUGACAUGUGUUUGUUACAUCCGAGCUAUUUACAACGGCCAACAACAACAACAAUAAUCAAUCUCUCCGUUUCAGAUUAGUUUCCUCAGCAUUGAAAAGCUGUACAAACAAAUUUCAGUCUCUAAUCAGCUCGACUACCGUUGUGAUAUUUGGCCCAUUACAAUAGAGACAGCAUGUACAACAUAUCAGACAAACACUUGUGCUGAUAUAAGGAUAAUCCACAAUGUAAACAUUAUAAGACUGCUUCGAAAACGACUCAUCUACAUAGGUUCGUAUAGAUUAGAUGCAUAGAGUUCAGUUCUUACACCUUGUUCAAAAGAGGGGGCCGGUUAAAUUAUUCAUUUACGAUCAAGUGCUUUUGGGGGGAACUUAAAAAAAAGGCAGGAAUAGAAAAAAAACAAGCAAAAUACCCUGUCGUCAUUAAACUUGGACUGUUUUCCAAACAUACAUACUUCUUAUAGAUAAAUAAACCAAUCAAACUUUUUUAGUUUUUUAAAAGGGCAUUCAUAAAAAUAUAACUUUAAUUAAGAGACAUGCUGGACAGGCAAUAAUCAAUUAAAAACAUUUCGUUUCACAUGAAAUCAAGAAGUGAAUUUAGCUGUAGAAUGAUUUGAAGCCUUGAUGUGUAAUACCUGCCAUUCAACAAAACUAUUACUGAAAAAUAAAGUAUAAAUGUGUUAUUGUGGGUGCGUUAAAGACCCUGUGCUCCCAGAUGUUCACACUGCAUCUCUACCAAGCUGUAGCCCCUCUUUUAAAUGGCAGCAGAGGCCUGGCUUCUCGGUAUCAGAGAUCAAGGUUACAGCACCUGCAGCAGAAUCGUGGGUGCUAGAUCAUUAAAGAUCUGUGCUGUCCCACCUCAACACUUUUUCCUCAACGCAUGUUGCUUUUGCAAAAUAGGAUCUCAGGUAUUUAUGAUGUAAUUACAUGCAGGUUUUCAUUUGGCAAAUUGUUUUUUGUUUUUUUUUUAAGAAAAGGAAGUGGCAGUCAAGUUUUUUCUUCCUCUCCUAUCAUGCACCUCUCACACACCCAGUCGAGGGCUGUUGGGAAUGUUUACAGUAACACGACAUGACAUAUAGGACGCUUAAUCCCCUGGAGUAAAAGACACUUUGAAAAUCCUCCAAAAUCUGAAUAUGAACACCCCCCUCCGCGUGAUGUUCUUUGCUCACGAUGGCUUUCUGUGAUUACAUUUGCAGGUAACAGGCAACACGGGCGGCUACAUGAGGUCAACGUUAGAACAACUUACAAACACACUCGCACGUUAUGAGCUCCACAUGUGCUCGAUACGCAGGUUAUGCAUUCACACCUGGACAUUCUUCACACCCAUACUGUAUACUCUGAUGAACCACAGUGCUUGAGGGCGUGUUUUCAUCAGAUUAAUCUCUUUACAGUCGCUAUAUAGGAGACAUACGCACGAGGGUAAACGAGACAGAAGGCAUUAAGGGUGUCAGGCAGUGUGCUCUGUUAC